CUAAAAGUAUGGAUGAUUUAUAGCUCAAACUUUGUACGAACAUAUCAAGGAAGCAAAACGUGGAUGUUGUUUGUCAUUUUGUGGUAAGCUAAGAUCCCUUAUGGACGCUUGUUUUUAUCGCAAUUUUGUGAUCAUUAGCGGACGAGUUUGCGGGUGACUAAACUUAGGCUUAUUAUAUUUAUUUGCCUCGUUUACAUUACUGAUGAUAUUUUCCUAAAGUCUUUCAAUCAUCUUCUUCGGAAACAACUGCUCGAAAUUGGCUGCAUAUUUUUCAAUUCCACUUCUUGAAAAGAAAUUGUUUAACUUUCAUCAAAACCAGUUGAGACAUAAAUUGAAAAUGUAGUAACUUAUCGUCGAUCGUCGAGCUCAGUAUCAGGAAACCACAACACUGGAAUAAUCGUAAACAAAUUGGUGGAAGUCUUACACUGCCAACUAUAAAACCCACAUUACCGUAUUUUUUAAAAACAUAGACAUUAAAAUCAUUUGCAUUUUAAGGACAGCCAAAAGACAGGUUUUAAGAUUCAAUCGAUGCCAUUUCCUGUCCGUGUACUUUACGUAUUUCCUUUCGUCUGACAAAGGUUCCAGUUGCUUGGCUUACAUACAUCAGUUCAAGACACUGAGCAAAUUGUAGCUUUAUUCCACUAGCGUAGCAGUGAGUUUGUUAUGGUAUGUCGAAGAAUUUCAUAAAGUAUCUGCCUUUUAUUUUUUCAUGAAAUUUAAGGUCUUUCUGGUAGAAAACUAGCUGUGAAUUUGAUAGCGCUGCCGACGUGUACGAACGUUUACUUAGCAGAUUGAGAAUGUUGUUUAAAAUAUUUUUUAAAAGCUACUACAAACUGUCCGCGAUUUCGCUAUUUCGGGGCUUUUAUAAGACACCAAGUUCAUAACAUAGUUCAUUGUUGCUUCGCUUUGCACAAAAGUCUAGUUCACUGACUAUUUUCGUUGCUUGGCACAAGCGAAGCUCAUUUGUGCAUGAUUAUCGACUUGCAGGUAAGCACUCCCACUGUGAGCUCGGCGAUGGGAAAAAUACGGAAAAGAUAGACAGCGUUUUAAGUUUUAUUCUUAUCCCAGGAUGCCUGUAGAAGACAAACGAGAGAGAGGACAAACUUCUACGGCGUUAAGGUUGGUUGAUUGUUUUGAAGGUGUGAAUUAUAAAGAUGAUUUUCUUUUAAAAUCUUGAUUUGAAACGUCGCGUUUUCGGUUAAUUUGCGUGAUCUUUUCCCGCAGUUUUAAUUUUGCGGGCUUUUCUGUUUAAGCAUAAUUUUCGCGGUGUUCCAUUCAAAUUUGAUGGUCAUGUUUUCCCCUACCUUAAGUUAAACUGCAGUUCUAUUAAAAGAGAAAAUGAUUUAUGAGACAAUAUCGAUUCUUAAGUAUAUACAGCAGGUAAACUUAGUUAAUUUCCCCUUUAGGCUGACCUUUCCAUGUCGCCGGGAACGUGCCAUUCGGAAUGGACUUUUUCGGUUGCUAGUCAAGUCUAACAAAUCGAUUAUCGCUCACUUGAUUAUAAAUGUCAGUUUAAAAUACACUUUGCAUUAGGAUAGAAAAGUCACCUCGAUAGGUAAUAUUUAGGCUUAUAACCAGAGAUACAGUUUGUGUACGGUGUGUAUAAGUUUUCAUAGCGGCGACCCUGCAUUUAAAUUUUUGAUAUUGUGUAAAUUCAUUGUAUGUAUUUUAUCAACAACCUGUACUAUCGAUAUAACCUACAGUUAAGUGGCCACUGAUAAAGUGGAUCCGUUUGCUUCCUCAAGGGAAGAAAACCAUAUUUCUCAAGUAUCAGAAAAAAGGGUUUUGUUCCUAAAACACUUAUUCCUUGAAUUGUGGUAAGCGAAACUGCAUUCUACAUAUUCAUCGCGGUUCGCCACAGUGGACCGAUCGAGCAAAGCACAAGUUUAAUAUGGAUGGUGUCUAAUAUUUUAGUAAAGAAAAAUAUAAGAUUUACCUAAUGAGUCUUUUAAGGUACAACGAGUUAAUAAUACCUAGAAAUAAAAUAUUCUUAAAUUUUCUUCUCUGAUGCAGAGCAAAACUCUAAUCCCUCUUUGUUCACAAUGUAGUAAAUUGUCUGCAUGUCUAUUUGUAUGAAGAAAAACUUUAUUAUUUCAAUCAAGCUCGAAAGAUUUUCUGAUUUUUACCUCAUUUCAAAUUUCUUGAAUUUCGUGAAAAUAUUUCUGAUCGUUUGCAAUUUCUAUUAUGUUGUAAAUAAAAUUAGCUAUUAUUUGGUCUCUAUGGCUGACAUUCUAGUGUUCUAUAUUAAUCUGGCCGAAGAAAACAGGAUAGGAAAAACGCUGUUCUUCCUCUUAGUUUGCACAGUGUACAUGUUCAACUAUUUGCUGAGGAGUUUUACCCAAAUUCGACCUGAUCGUAGAUUGAAUAACUGUUUCACCAAGAAGUCUGAUUCUUUUGUUCUUAGUGUCACAUAAUCAAAAUAACCAAUCAUUUUUGCAUAUAAUAUUAUGUCUGACAACAAUAUUAGGUUUUUGUCUCACCUAAGACUAGUAGAAUGUUAUAUAAUAAAUGAUUACACAAUAGUAUCAUUGUAGGAGGCACAUGUACAGUGUACUGUGGGACGAAUGAUUUAUUCACAUACAUGUAUACAUGGCUAUAAUGCAAGCAACCUUAAAUUUGUUUUCAGGUUAAUUUCAAUUUAAUCUCGGUUGAUUUGUUAAUAUUCUUUGUGUCCUAACCCAAGAAGACAAAGGAGAUUGAGAGUCAACUUACUGGUUAAAACGUUUUAACUUUAAAUCAAAUUUUACCUCUAACAUUGAUAAUGAUAAUUUUUAUAUGUUACCAGUGACAUUGGAUAGAACUGAGUAAUAGCGCUGACUGUUAUCACUUUCAGAUUAUAAUAAUUAUACACAUUAGCACCAUGACGAAGCAUUGUAAUUAAGGGAGAUUGUUCAAACACCUCGAGGCUAAAUUACCCAUUUCCCAAUAAAAUGUGCACCAAACAAUGUUCAAAUUUUGCCUGGGUGUGAACAUGUGUUUGGAAUUAGGUCUUAUUUAAGUCUUUUCAAUUUUUGUUGCUGAUAUUGUAAGUUGUUCUUUGUUGCUUCAAACUACAUGUUUGGUGAUGUGUUAAUAAUUGCAUCUCAGUACUUUAUAAUUUCGUAAGCUGCAUAGUCUGUUGAACACAUUGUUCAUUUUUCAUUGCAUUGACACCUCAGUUUUUGAACCUUGACCCUACAACCACAUUAAUACAGUUAUCAUCGACCACCCGAAAGAACACAGAGUCACGUAUUAGGAUGUAGCUAUAUUCAUGAGUCAUGCAGCAUUGCAUGGUUGCCAGUUACUGUAUUUUACACUAUAGUCAAAGUUUCCCUUCUACGUAUAUAUUUUUGCAUGCAAGCUUUAGUAGUACAAGUUGUUUAUAAUUUGCUUCAUUUAUUUCUUUGUCCUGUACAUAUAUACCUGUACAGUGACUAGUUCUCAGCUGUGGUAUGGUUUCCCUUUUUAAAAUUUUUUACAAGUAUGAAAGUAGUUUUUUAUUCAAUGAUCACUGUGGUAGAUUAGCUAAUUGUAUAAGUGAGCUUUGAUAUGAAUUUAUUUGCCUUAAAUUAUAGCUUUGCUGGAAGCAGGCAGUGUUUAUUGUCACAUAAAUAGUUGGUAAACUUUCCACCGUCAAUAACCAUUUUUAAAAGUUUUGCUGCUGUGGUUGUUGUUGUUCAGUCUGUCAGUUUAUUAUUAUUAUUAUUAUUAUUAUUUUAUCCUUAACACAUAAGCCCCUGAGCCGCCUGUAACCGCUCAUGCAGAUCCAUGUCCUUUCUACCACUUGUGACGUCAUCAGUUUUAAUAAUCAGGGAUAACUUUGUCUGUUAACUUGUGCAGAGUGAAGAGAUCUUUCAAACCAUACCAGAAUGAGUACGGGAGAAAAAGGCAAAAAACCAUGUAACAUUGACCUGAACAUUUCCAUGAAAAUCUUGUUCCACUACCCACCUACCAUUCCUUUCAUUUAAUCCUAAGAUCCUAAAGGUUUUUCCUAAAACCUUUCCCACCAAAAUGAAGCCCACUAAACGCCCAGCAAGAGAAAAAGAGGCAAGAAAAACGGAAAAAGAGGGGAGGAGAGAAAGCGAAAAGUAAAAGUCAAGACUGGUGUUUUUAAACCCAAAAAGUAUCUGGGAAUUUUUGCUCUCUACACAUGCCCAAACUUUGCAAGCUAAUAUUUUUCGUCUGGAUUAGAAGGCCGCAAAGUUUACGACCUGUAAACAGCUGUGUGGUAAGUUUUAGCUUUUUAUUGCACAACAGUGACCAGAAAACCGCUCAACUAGCUUCAAAAUGUGUUUUUUGGUAAAAUCUUCAGGGACGAAUGGGUUAACCUGUAAUUUGCUUUAUAGGAGGUAAACAGAUAACCUUUACAUGUACUUUACAGGUACUUCCGUAUUAGUGGUGUAAUGAUUAAUAAAUCAUCAAAUUCUCGAUUAAUCGCGAUUAUGACCUUUCGGUUCGAUUCAUGAUUCUUUGCUUCCACGUUUCAAUUUUGCUUCGAUUUUUACACACACUUUCUAGGGUGCCCUCAGUGAGUUAUUAUAUUGUAAAAUCAGAAUCCAGAAUUCUUUAAAAUGUGCGUUUUUGAUUGACGAGCAAAGAUGAUAGCAGUUUGUGCGCCAUUUUGUGUUGCCUGGUUAAAAAUGCUGUCCUUCAACGACUCCUUGAGAAUUUCCACAUAAGGCGAACCAUCUUUGUCAGGUUCUCAAACAUGGUGAUGAACCAAGCGACUAUAUAUGAAUCCUCCUGUCCCUGUUACUAUUGAAUUUUCAAAUUGAGGGUUUAGGGUUGCAUGUUGUUAACAUUACACGGUAUGUUAUAAGAAUUAAGAAACAUAAUUUACAUAAUCAAAUGGAAGUAAUCGAAAUCAAAUACAAUAAUUGAAAUCGAAUUGAAUCGCAAGGAAUGUGAAUCAUUACGCCCCUCUUCUUUAUAUAUUUAUUUAGUAUAUAUUUAUUCAGUGCACUUUUAUUUUAACAUUUUCUUUUCUUUGUAGAGACAAUGAGAUGAAAGAUUUGUCUCGGUUGCUGGAGUUACUCAACACACCAGCAAGCAAGCAACAGGUACAUUGUAAUUGUAAUUUGUUAACUGGGGAGCACUUAAGAGUUCAUGAGAACUUGUGGAAACAUGUCUGCUUUCCAGAUCGAAUUGGAAUUUGGAAGUGUUGGUUUUUAAGGAGAAAGAAAAACCCCUCAGAACAAUUAGAGAGAGAACGAACAACAAACUCAACCCACAUAAUGGCGUUGACACCAAGAUUCAAACCCGGGCCACGUUGGUGGGAGGCGAGUGCUCUCACCACUGCAACACCCUUGCUCCUCAUGUACAUGUACUUGUACAAUUGAGACACUUUGCCAUAAAGGGCCUUUAUGACAUUUUUGUCAACCUUAACAAGGAAAAACCAGGCUUUCUUGUCCCUCAUGAUCUGUAUUCUACCUUGUGAAAAAAAAUUAAUGUAACAUUGCAGCUCUGUUGAAAAUAGGUUAAAUACAAGAUUUAUAUUUAACUGCCUAAAACUGAAUCCUUUUCCUAAAUCCUUGGAAUGGGUUUCAGAAGAUGCACAUUGUGAUGAUAACCUAAAACAAUUAAGAGUCUUUUGAUCAUUUCUAUGUGCAGUGUUUAAUCUAUUAAAAUAAUACAGCCAUAAUGUAUGUCUGUGCAAAAUAUUUUGAAUUUGGUUAGUAUGAGACAACUGAGAAAAUAAAAUUAAUUUCGUACCCUUUCAUUGCUGUACAGUUCUUUAACUUGUGAAGUACCAACGGUACCCUUUCAUAUACCUACAUGUAAAGUCAGGAAAGGUACCCGUUUAGGCACCCUAAAGAGUAGGGCACUCCCCAUUUACAUGGCCAGGCAAACUAGUGGGCUUACGGUUUGCAAAUGGAAAACAAAACCUAUGUAUGGUAUGGUAUUCGUUCCCGAACCAUGUGUAUCAUUUGCACAAAUGAGAUCCAUUUACUGGAAAGGUGCCUGUAAAAGCCGGAAGCAGGUAUCCAAGAUGUCCAUUGAACAAAUAGAUGGCGAAUUUCCAUUUGGAACAUUUGGUUGGAAUAAACAAGACUACAUGUACUUUUUUUACAUGUUCUGUUGCUUCUGAAAAUGUACAUUUCAAGCACACCGGAAUCUGUUGGUAAAUGAAAGGGGCACGUAUCUCUCCCCCCUCACUGGAAGCAUGAGCAUGUUGCCCAAUAAAUAAGACCAUCUGUUGGCAACUCUAAAAACUCAUGUUUAUCUUUAUUUUUUAUGUUGAUAGUUGCCAUCCAUCUCAUGGAUAACAGAUGAAAACCAAAACUCAACCCCUAAUCCUUGGGCUGCUCAAACUCAUGCUUUACCUCACCAACAUCAGUCGACAGAAGCACUGGCCUUGGAAAAGUUCAGGUAUGUGUUGCAGUUCAAAUUUGAUUUCAGGUUAAUUUUGAUUUAACCUAGGUUGAUUCCUUAAUUUCCUUUGUCUCCUAGCCCUAAGAGACAAAGGAAAAUAAUAAAGAUGAUGAUAAUAAUAAUAAUAAUAAUAAUAAUAAUAAAGAUAAUGAUAAUAAUUAACCUUUUAUUGAUAACAAACCUAACUAUUAAACCUAUUUACAAUUAAUUUUGUUAAAGAAGAAAAAAAAAAUUCAGUCAAAGCACUAUUUACAAGUCAUUUCAUUUCAUAAGCUCGUGUUCAUUUUGAUUAAAAAAAAAACUCAUGUCAUUUCAUGAUUAAAAAUGAAAUAAAAAUAUUAAAAAGAUCGUAAAAUAUUAGUAGCAUUUAAGUGGCAGUCAUCAUUGAAAUCCCCAUAUGGAAUUUUGUGGAGGGGUGUCCUGGAACCUCUUGCGAAUGUGUGUACUGACCUGAAAAUUUCAAAAGAAAGCAAUGUUCUAAUCCAAUAAUAAUAAUGAUAAUUUAUUAUUUCUGUUAAAUAUGCAAACCAAAGGAACAAAGGUCUUUUUUAAACUUCUCUUUAUUUAUUAAUUAUUUUAAUAAUUUCAUGUUAAAGCCAAGUAUAUAAAAUGUAAUUGAUAUUAUCUGUUGUUCUCUGUAUGCACAGUUCCAGGUACCAAAGUGUCAGGAAUUUUAGCUCACAUACUCAUCAGACAUAUUUCACCCAGGUGUGUUUGCAAGCCUUUAUGUUUGGAUCAUCUUUGGUGUAAUAUAAUUUCCUUGUUUUCUUUGUUUUAUGAAAUAUUGUCAGGGCUAGGUUCAUUGUUAAGGAUGUCUUGCUUUCUUUGUUUACGUCAGCUGUGAGCCUUACAUUGUAUGUUUCGGGAACUUUUGUCCACAUUGUACAUAUAUAUUUCUAACUACCAGUGGUAAGAAAUGUAGACUUUAUCAGCUAUAAAAGUACUCAGUGGAAAAAUCAGAGUUGUAAAUAUAUUUAUAGCAGUAGGCUAAUAAGUCAUUUAUUUGCUACUCCGAGUUUCAUGCUUCGCACGAAGCAAUCACAUUGCUUUGUAAGAAGCAUGAAACUCAGAGUAGCAAAUAAAUGACUUAUUAGCCUACCACUAUAAAUAUACAUGCAUAUCAGUAAUAAAAGUGAUUUAUUAUUGUUGAAUUUUAGAUCUUUACGUCCCUAGUAAAGCAAAGAGUCUGUUGCCUGUAAGUAUUUUCAGUUGAUGUAUCAUAUAUCUACAUGUAGUAAACUGUAAUAUAUGACUUGUUGCAUGUUUUAAAUAAAUGUUUUAAUGUGUACAUGUACAUAGGUAGUUUGUCCAUCAGUAAGCCAAGGUUGUUUUUGAUAAUAAUGUAGAUAUUGCAAACAUGUACAAGUUUAAGGUCGAAACAAAAUUCAGGUUGACAUUAUUUCAUCCAUUCCUGGUUGUUCAUUUUGGCAAUGCUUUUUCUUUUGUGCUUUCUUCAGGGAAUGGAUUGAAAGAGUUCCUCCCGAAAACAUCCUUAGAGUUUUGAUAUGCCUUAGAAUGUUGAUGAGGGACACUACAUUCCAGGUAUGUAAUUUUUAUGGUCAUGCCCACUUUAAUCCCUGAUUGUCCUACUUGCAUAACUCUACACGUCAUCUACGGCAGCUUGGCCAGUAUGGGGUGUAGUUGGAGAAUUUUCUCACAUGAGCAUUGCUUUGUGACAACAUGGUUCUUCAUUCUCUGAUCAAUAUAUUAUAUAUUAUAUUUAUUCUUACUAAAUUCCCUGUGUACAUCACUCAUACAGUGUACUUGAAGUCAAUAAUUUGUAUAAUUUUCUGAAAAAAGUGCAAAAUUAUUGAAUAUUACAGGGCUUCUGAUGUUUUGCGCGGUCACGGAGCCGCGAAAUUCAGGUAAAUCCGCGAAAUCCUGCGAAAUUUGACAAAAACACGAAAAAUACCGCGAAAUUCGGUAGAAAUCUUAUCAAAUACAUGUCUGUACAACAUAUUUGAAACUUAUUUCAGCUAUUGGGGCUAUUUACUUGCCGUAAACUUGCAAAUUUAUCUUGGAACUUCAUCACUGAAACGUGCAAACAAUGUCCCGAAACUACCAGGUGUAGAUUAUGUUGGGAAAAACUGGGCACUAGCCAUGAUGUUAAAGGUUUUGCCAUUGGUUCAUUUUUGGAGCGUAUUGUUGUUGAAAGAGCAAAUGAUGACAUUUGUUAGAAAAAUGUUAAAAAUGCUGGUCUGAUCAGUGCAAAACCGAUUGAUUCCUAGCGAAAUUUGCCUUGAAAAUAAUUAACCACAAAAUUGGCCGUUUUUUACCGAUUGCUUUUAGGUGAAGUUUGCCCUGAAAACUCCUGCGAAAUUUGACUUUUUCUUCUGCGACCUGUCAGAAGCCCCGAUAUUAGUGAAAUACAACAGAGUCUUUCAGUUUUUAAAACAAAAUUGAGUGCAGUCACAAUUCCUGAUAGGAGGUACCAUUACAUGUAGAUCAGGAAGUUUUAGCAAUGGCAACGGCAAUGGCAGCAAGAUCGCCAAAUAGGCAUGAAGUUUCAUAUGCAAAAAACACUCUGGUUGCUCAUCAGACUUUUUUGCACAUUUCUUAGAAAUUUUAAAAUACUGUGUACAGUGCAACACACAUUAACGCUCACAAAGCCACAUGGGAUUAGUCAGGUUAUCAAAUGAGUUCAACCAAUGUGAAUCAAGCAAACAACUGGAAAUGUUGUACAAUCUUGUGUAACUAUUUUCUAACGUUUUUGGAUUUUGACACCCUGUAAUCACUGAAGAAAAUCCAGUGUAAGUGUUUAAUGUUUUUGUUUUUCUUUAAAUAGUAUGAACACUCUACAUGCUUGCCUAAUCACCUGUGAGCUAGCUCAGGGUUGUCAUUAAGAGCCGGGGGCCGGGGAUUUUCCCCGGCUACUAAGAGAGUAGCCCCCGGCUACUUUUAUCGGAAAAUAGAAGAAAAAUAGAACCAAAAGAAAUCCCUAGCCAUUUGAUUCCCCGCCUACUUGUUGUAUUUACCCGGCAACUUGAAAUCUUAGUGACAACCCUGUAGCUAAUCAUGAGAAUAUGAAAAGUAUGAUUUACUUGUGCGGGUUUGUACUUUCAAUGAAUAUUGAGUUGGUAUGAAAUUUUCAUCAUUUAAGGUGGAGUUUUUCAAUCUUGGUGGAGUCAAGAUUCUUUCAGAGGUAAAUUUUAUUUACACUCUACAUGUACAUUCACUUAGCAUUAUAUUAUUGAUGCAUUGUGUGCUAUAAGAGUGAUGCAGGUAUUAAGGCAGUUCUGAGGCUGGUGCAUAACAAGUUGAAGCCCAAAAAAAUGACCUUUGGUUAACUAUCGAAAUUCUGUUUAUAUCUACUGACCAUAAUCACAUUCCCAGUUGGUUUCAUUUCUGCUGUUUCAUUACUCUUUUUCAGUUUGCAACUGUUAAUUAAAAUGGAUUAUUUGACAAGACUUUUCUCACUAUAAUCUGGGGAAUUGAGGCAAAACACUGAUAAACACUGAUAAUUUGGGUUUAAAAUCAUGAAAUCAAGAAAAUUAUUUGAACUUCAACAGUACAUUGUACAUAAUGUACAUUUUUAAUUCCUUUAAAACUGCUAGAAAUCCUCAUGUUCCUUCUUUUGCUAUCUUUACAGCGGCUACAGCUUCUGACCGAAAGUUAUCUUGAGAAUGGAGAGGAGCCCUUCACAGUUGAUAUUUUGAAGGAAAUGACAAGUAAAUUUAAUCCUUCCUUAGUUAUAUAUAUAUUUUUUGUGAUACAGUACUGUGAAAUCAGUAUGUUUGUUUUACAAGCUUCCUAUUUUUCUUAUGGUUUUAUUUUCUUUUUUAGACAUUUGUCAAAAGCUUUCAGCAGAUGUCGAACAGAGGGAGUGGCUUGUUGCCUGUAGUACUCACAAGGUUUGUAUAUAGUCGAACCCCACCCCGUACGCAAUGACCCAAAUUAAAGUGGAAAGAGGUAGUGGUCGCUUGCAGGAGGUGGUUGCUUAAUUCAAUAGUUGAACUGGAGAUCUUUUGCAAUGGGAAGAAUUGACACAUGUACUCUCUGGAGAGAAUGUAUUGCAUGCAAUAAUUAUUAUUAUAUAUGAUUAUGUUCAUGCAAUUAAAAAUGUAGUUUAAAUCCAUGUUGUCUCUAAACGUUCUGUGCAUACUCUGAGGCAUAGUACAUACAGUGAACACAAAGAUCAGAACAUUGUCUCAGGUGGUCGCUUAGAAGAGGUUAAAACAAUGGAAAAUUCUAAAACCAUUAUUCUAAAGUAAAAAGACAGUCCUGGUUGCUUACGAGAGGUGGUCAUUUACAAAGGUUUCCACUAUAAAGCUAUACCUGGGAAAAUUUUUGUGUUUUGGAUCUAAGUGGUUGCUUCAGUGUGCAAAGAAAGUAGUGUCCGAUAGCCCAGGGCUAGUGGAUUUUGCUAUCGGGCUAGUGAUUUCUGUGAUUAACUUGUCUGAUGGGCAAGUGAAUUUUUUUGAGGAAUUCAAAUAACAGAGAAACUGUGAAAUCAAUCUGCUCAUCAAAACGUUUUGUGGGCAAGUUGAAAUGAUAUUUGAGCUAGUAAAUGUUAGCUUCAGCUUGCCCGAAUGGCAAGCUGUAAAAAUGACUUUCUUUGCACCCUGUUGCCUAUGGGAGUUGGUCACUCAGAAGAGGUGGUCACACAUGGAUGUUCAACUGUACAAAAAUUUCCUACUCAGAGCUAUUAGAAGAAAAGUGUUCUGUUGCUCUGAAAAUUGUUAUGUUUUGGCUAUCUAUAGGGCAUUGUUACACACUGUAAUAUAUUUUUCAUUUGUAGGCUCUUGUUUUACUUCUGUCAGCCAAUGAUGUUAUGGUUCUUCACUGUUCUUUGUAUGCCCUGAUUGGUUUGGCUCAAAGGUUUGUAACUACUUUUCCACUUUUAAACCACAAGUUUGAUUCCCUCAGACAGAACUAGUUAGGGAUGUUCCAUUGAAACAUAAAACGUUUAUCAGGGCAUGAAAAAUGCUGUCCAAUAAACAAGGACUAGUGAAGUCACUAGGCUAGCAUGUUUUUAUUAUGAGUUGUCUGACAAGCAAGUAACAUGUGUCAAGGCAAAGUACUAUGUUAGUGAAAAGGGAGGUUGUUAGAACUGCUCUGGCAUAGCUUACCUCAGCAACAGCUUGUCCAAAGGUCAAGCUAUAUAAUAUUUUUUUAUUUUCAUCUCACCCUGUUUUUUGUGGCUGCACACUGUAUUUAUCCACCUGUACAUUUUCUCUAACACCUAUAUUUGUGUCAAUUUAACUAUACUUUAUUUUUGUCAUUAGUGAAAGACCACGAGCCCUGAUUGGUGAACUGAACAGCACUGAGAUACUGUUAAGAAUACUGCAAGAAUAUGAUAUGCUCUCCAAAACGUGAGUUUUAUAUAUGUUUGCUGUUUCAAGCCAAAAAUGUACUAAGAUCUGUUAUUUAAAAGCCCAAUAAUACACUGGCAGAGUCUAUAGUACAAGUGCUGCAGGGUCUAUUCCACAAGUGCGUGUUGGAUAUGAGAUGGUAGAUAGCCAGUGAGAUGCAUAGUGGCGAGUUGGUUAUAAUCAUCUCAUAUCCAACGAGUGUAAGUGGAAUAAUUGUUUUUUCAAAAACACACACAAAAUAUCGAGAAUUCUUCCCAACUUUAUUUGUAAAAACAACCGAUUUUCAGCUUGUUUUUAAUUUUGAACAGAUGCUAAUAAUUAAUAAUAUUCAUGCAUAAAAUAAAGCAACUGUACGUACAUUUAAAUAAAGGUGCCAUUCUCAUGGCUAGAAUAAGAUCUCUGAAAUGCACUCUUCAGUUUCCCCAGAAUUAACAUUCCCCAUUGGAAGGUAGGCCAAACCCCCUCGAAUAAACCCCCCCCGCACCUCAUCUUCUUUUUUGGCUGAUUCAUAUGAUCGACACGCUGUAUUGUUUUACUGCCUACUUUAACUGCUUUUCUUUUAGUUGGCUUUCACAUGUACCUUAAAUUUCCUGGAGAACCCUGUAAUUUGGAAAUGCUAUUUCAAAUAUUUAAAAUGCAUUCAUUUGCCUUACCUGGUGUAUGUGAAUUUGUUUUGACUUUUUGGUUGUCAAUUUACCACUAUUUCAGUCUUGCAGCUGGACUGCUUAGAAUUUUGUGUGCAGACGGUAACAUUAGAGAACAAGUGAAAGUGUUUGAUGGAAUUCCAAUAUGUCUAAGGUGAGAGUCGAAUUAUUAUUUUGUAAACUCCUGCAACAUGUAAAUGCAGCAAGCUUUUCUUGCCUAACGCCCCUUUGAAUCUCUUUUCUUUGAUUUUAGAAAGUAAUAGUUUUUGGUUAAUUUAUUUGCAGCCUACUUCACUGUGAUAAUCAAAAGCUUUUGUGGAAUGUGGUGAGUAAAUAAAUUACUAUUACUAUUAUUAUUAUUAUUAUUAUUAUUAUUAUUAUUAUUAUUAUUAUUGUUAUUAUUAUUAUCAUUAUUAUUAUCAUCAUCUUGUCGCUUGUAAUAGUUUUACUUUCACCGAGAAUAAAGUGUUUUGAUGAGUUUUGAAUGAUGAUAUAAAAGCACAUGCAUGUUUUGAAUUGUAACAGAAAUUUGAAACAAAUUCUUUCCUCAUCAAAGUUCCGGGUGCACUCCCAAGUGCAACUGAUUUUGAGGUUCCAAUUGUUUAUUUUUAUGUAAGUGUGUCUGCCAGGUAAACACAAACUUUAUCCCUUUAGUUUCCUUUAAUAAACUGAUUCUUUGGAAAAUUUGUAUUAAUUUAUUUUAUUUUGCCUUUGUUUGGGAAAUGUGUCCUUGAAAGUCCUUGAAAAGUCCGUGAAUUUUUUGUUCAAAAAAGGGUACGAACCCUGUAAUAAUUAUUGAUACUUCCAUAAACCGACACCCGACCCAGAAAAAGUAUCUGCUUAGGAGAGGUUUCGUCAGUACAUACAUGAAGUGUUUGCACGUUACUGAGGCAACUGUCUAAGGAGGGUCUGGGGAAUUUACCGAAAGAUUGAACUUUCCUUUUUGUGUGAUAUAGGUUUGGAUCAUUGUUCAACUGGCAGAAGAUGCAGACGCGAGUAAUGACAUCAGACUACUUGGUGGAAUUCCCCUUCUGCUUGCUUUACUGCAGUAAGUUGCUCAGCAACAACGUAAUACGAUCUCACGGUUUUCUUGUUUUAUUUCUUGAUUAGAAUUCAUUUUAAUUUCCUUUCAUUUUUGAAUUUGGUAAUUACACUGGGUUAAAAUAACAAAAGCCCCAAUUUGCACAAAAAAAAUACCCUGAAGGACUCUGGUGGUAGUAGGGAAAUGACGCUAUCAUACAAGUGGCCUAUUCUGAGAAAAGAUGACGGCCACUAUUAAUGUACCACUGAAAAUGUACUUCAGAGAAUUGCUUUUUGUUGGUUGUUUGUUUUUUUAAAAGGGUUGUCUUGCACUUAUAAUUGCUUUUUGUUAGUUGUUUGUUUUUUUAAAAGGGCUGUCUUGCACUUAGAAUAAGCCUGCGAAAACAGCCGUAUUCUCUCGCUUCUCGCCGCUAGAGACCUGGAACGAGGAGACAAGGCUGUUUUCGCAGACCAACUUAAAAUCUGUGUUGGAGGUAUAAUCCGUGCUCAGGUUUAAACCAGCUAGGUCAACGUCCAAGAUGGCGGGAAAACAUUAGUAUCAUUGCUCGCACUACAAAAUAUGCCUGUUUUGCAAGCUAGUUCUAACUCGCUUUCGUAUCUAUUACAGAGAUCGCAAGUCGAGCAGUGACGUGUUAUAUCUUGGUUCUGACAGUUCAAAGGCAUCUAUCAGUGCUGAUGUAAGUGACGUGAAUGCUUUGAUUGCGUUGCUUAAAGCAUAAAGUAGAUGAUUAUCAUCCUCUUUCCUUUGAUAUAUGAAACCAUCAGGCCUGGAUGCAUAAUCCUUGAGCCUAGAGAUUGUGUAUACUGCUGUACUCUUGGGUCAUAAAUGUAAGAAAUUGUGACAAUAAUAAAGUCUUAGCUUUACCUUAGAGGUAAAAUAAAAAUGUUGUUGAUGUGUAACGAAAAAUAGUUGGAACUUAUAAGUUGUUGAUCGAAAAUCCGUGGUACCAAUUGGUUUGCAGCAUUAAUUUUUGUAGAUGAGGAAUUUGUUUUCUUUUUUGAAUUUUUAUUUUUUGAACUUUUGGCGGAAAACUGGUUCUUUGAGAUGUGGUUAGCAAGUCAGGUACUUGAAUUUAGUUUGUUAAUUUUAUUCAUUUUAUUUGUUUGUACAUGUUUUUAGCCAGCAGAUGUCGAGAUUGGUGAAGAAACAUUGUCUUUGAAAACUGGUAAGCAAGGAUGUUCAUUCUUAUUCGUUUGCAGCUUAACAAAAGUCAGUUAAACUAUGAAAGGGUUGAACCCAACAGUCAUUUCAUAAGUAAGUUUAGCAUUAUCGUCCGGACAGACGACCAAUAACAUUGCGACUUAAUUGACCAAUCAGGUCAAUAACCAUCAACUAACGUGAUACAACUCACUUUUUGACGAUCAUGCUCAACUUACUUGAAAAAGACAAAGAUAAACUUGGCACCAGUUUUCCCGCUGUCUGUUACAACUGCUACGCUUGACGUUUCUCGCUCGCCGUUUGCAACGCAAAGAUGAGUGCGUUCAUGUUUCGUAUAAGCGUGAGAGGGAUUUUCUCUGUAAUUGUAAUCGUACAACAACAAUGCGUAAGCAUGCAUCCUGUCGUUUUCCGUUCGUCGUAAACACUAUGCUUAGCUCCUCUUUUAUAGAAGAAUAAGAUGCACUCAUACACUGCUGUCUUUGACAAUAUGUUUUAGCUGUUUGCUCUGCUCUGACUGAACUCGUCGUCAAUGAUACCAAUGGACAGCAAAUUGUACAGGUUGGUAGACUGUAGACUGUUCCUUUUAUCAUUUAUUUUGCACUGUAUACUUGUGUUGGAAGUGGCUGCAUUGCAGUUUGUUGAAUGGUCGCUCAAUGUCAGUGCUUUUUUCUAACCUUCAACAUUUUCUGCUAGGUUCAUAUUGAGAUAACGGUGACUGCUUUAAAGCACCUGUUCCCUCAACAAAUAUAACUAAAUUGGAAGUUCUUCUAACGGACACUCUCCUAAGCGGACAGCUCUACUUACUGCCGCCUUCACAAAACCCCAUUUUUCUCAACUCCUAUACAAACGCUGUAUUUCUAAGUUCCCGUUACGGUCACGUUUUUCCCGUCCCGAGGGUGUCCGCUUACGAGGGCUUCCAAUGUACUUACCAUUUUAAUAUGCCCUACGUACAACACUCCAUGUACACACACCCUGCCUAUCUUCUGUCUUACCCACUGUUUCAGUGGACACUUGGGAACCCUGUUCGUUAGGGAUUCCAUACUUUUAUAUAACAUGCACUUGUAACGCCACAAAGGUCGCUGGGUGAAUCUUUCAUACAAAGCUAUAGUGGGAAACUGUAGAUUGUCCUACAGUCAGUUAUUUUCAUCAUUAUCAUGCAGUGUCCGCAACGCUGGGCAUUUUCUUUGUGACUACCAUUCUAAAGGCGUAGAAAUAUGACCGUAAAGUUGGUAAAACGGUUGAACUCCAUUAAUUAAGCAGCCACCCCCUAUUAAGCGGCCUGUCACCAUUGGGCCGAAAUAAAACGGAAACCUAUUUUAAGCGGUCAUCAAGCGCUUGAUACACUUAGUUUGACUAUAUUCCUAGAAUAUUAUGAAGGAAAAUAUAGUCCGAAAUAGAAAGUGACGAGACAGAUGGUGGACCAGUAGUGCUCCUCCCAUCGCGUGUCUGUUUCAAAAUAAAGAGGAUAUUUCUGCUAAAGAUAAUGCUCAUGUUAUGCUAAUUUCUGACGAUUCUCUAUUGAGCGGCUAACCUCCCGAGCAGCCACUUGCCGGUACCCGGGGGUGGCCGCUUUAUAGUGGUUCAACUGUAAUUUCGUAGCUUCCCAUUGGAUUCUUCGUGUAAAUGACCUGCAAAACUUCUCAUCAUCUUCAAAAAGAUGCGUCGACAAAUCGGCCCAAAGGGUAGCGGAAAAGGCGAGAAUUUGCAGUAUAAAGAAACUAAUUUUCCUUUCUCUACUUUAACUUUCAGUCCAAUGGUAUUUAUCUUCUGGGUUUGCUGAUUUUGCCGCAAGAAACGUCUUCUUCAGAAGAAGCUGCUACUGUUGAACAUCUGCAGGUACUACCCUCCUCUGUUGAGGUCAACCUAUCGAAUGUUGCUCAGGGCUUCAUGUGUGUCCUGAAUAUUUGAAAUUAAUUUACCGCUGUAAAAAGAUUGAAGAGCUCAAUAUCUGCAUUUUCCCAAAUAUCCACCUUUCAAAAAAAAAAAAAUAAUAAUAAUAAAGAAAAUUAUUGUAUUCCACGCAGGAGGAAGGGACAACUCAAAAUUUUUUACACAGCCAGGCUCCGCCCGAGAUCUAACCCCUUACCCUUUUAUAUACCAUUUUCGACAGAAAAGGUACCCUUAAUUCAUAUACCUUCUAUUGACAAAUGGUAUCCCUUUAACAUACGAAUUUAGGACACUGCAUCUCUUUUAAUUGCUAUAAAUGCACCGUCUUUUAAUUUAAAUAUGCGAAAUAAAUCACUAAACUAGGAAUUUUUCUCGUUUUUUGCACAGCCAAAAAAUACGGCUCUGUGUUAACACUUUUGGUUCUUUCCACAGACCGCAGUGACAGUUCUUAUACUUCAACCCUUAAAUAUACCUGAAGCCUGGAAAAGGUAUCCCCCUCGGGCGGAGCCUCCCCAAAUAGGCCAUUAUAGGGAGUACCUCUCCCCCCCCCGCCCCGAUUGUAUCUUCUCCAUUUUUAAAACUGUUUGUUGCAUUUUUUUUGCAGAAAAGUGCUUUCAGAGCGUUGAGGUGAGUCUUUUUCUCUUUGUCAAGCUGAAUGUUGGAUCCACUGUGAGCCUUUUUCACAGCAUGAUCAGCAGUCAGUCUUGACUCGUAUUCACUAAGAGCAAAUUAAUACCGCCUGGAAAACAGGACCACGGAGAAAUUCUGUUCCGUAAAUGCAUGAAAUUUAUGGUUGAAUGUGAACAGAUAACUAAGACUGAUUGAUUUCUCUAUAGGUUUCUUUUCAGCAUGGAAAGAAAUCGCCAGUUAUUUAAACGGUAAGUAUGGCAUUGAAAGUUAUUGAAAAAUUCACACCCGACUUGAGUUAGAAAUUAAGGACGACACGAAGCGAGGUUCUGAUUCUGAAAUAAUCAUAGCUACGUGUUAUUUUUCUUUUCAGUCACAAUAAAUGCGUUCAUGAUGUUUAUUUUUUCGCUCACCGCGCGUGACCGCUCGUGGUCUAAGCUAGGUGUGGUUUGAGAGGUUUUUUCCAUUUUAUUCUCGGUUUUCAGGUUGUUUCCCCCUGACUUGUUUGAGAAAUUCAUCGAUGUUGGACAUUAUGUGAGAGAACUAAACAGCUACAAAGUCCUCGUCGACAAGAUUUCAGCAUUAACGGUAAAUUUCAAGCUCAAUAUUUACUAAAUCUUGCUCGGUGCCCCACUGAUGCGUUGAAGAACUUUACCUUAAAGGGCCAUAGUAGUUAUUCAAUUACCCCGAAUACGCGCCUAUCCCCUUGGCCAUUGUAUCAAACAAGCGCUCUUUUAGAAUAAGGGCCCCCCUCCCCUCCCCUCCCCCUCAAUUUCUUAAAUAGUUGGAUUCAAGAAGAAUGCGAAGAUGUGCAUAUCAUUGACGAGGACGAUCUCGAGGAUGAUGAGAUCAUCAGUUUUUUUUGGAGCCUAGUAGUCGACUCGUGAUAUUUUAUGAAUGCACAUACCGAUACAGCUAUGUGUUAAGCGUUGAAUGGAACAACGGUACGCUUGAUUAUUAAGCGAUGUUUGAACAAACGAAAGACUAUUAACAUUAACUCGACGUUUCUGUUAAAGAUUUAGCUGAAAACAAAGUUACACUUCGUUGAAAGGAAAACUGAAAAUAAGCGCCCCCCUCGAUCAAACGUCCUCCUUCCAGUAAGCGCCGCCCCUUUUAGCCGUCAUUUUGAAUAAGCGCCCGUGCGCUUAUUCGGGUAAAUACGGUAUUUCCGAAAUGGUGAUUACACAGAUGUGCAUGGGUGUUUUAAAAUAAGUAACAUUUGCAAGAAAACAAGACAGGACAUUGAAUUCAAUCUUGUCCUUUGUGCAAGCAGUUUCCUUGCUUGUUUGUUAGAGGAUGAUCUGCCUGGACUCUUGCUCCUUGGGCAAGUAAUCUUUUAAGAUUACUUGAAUGUUGAGCGUAUCUUUGCUAUGUUUUCCCUUUAAAGGAGGAGGACAUCUCAGUGAUAAGGAACAAUAUAUUGGCAACCAAUCAAAACAAAGCUCCCAGCCAUUCCAUUGGCUCAUAUGAAGUGUUAGAGCUGCUUGGGUCAGGAGCUUUUGGCAGCGUGUAUAAGGUGAGUAGGAAGUGCCCAGUCCUUAGCAAAAUUAAAUAGCACGCGUGAAGGCUCAGUUUUACUCGCCCCAUUCUUCUCGCCGACGUUGUCGGCUCGCCCCGCCAAAAGGCAUAAUUUUCAAAUAUUUAUUUUUUUCUUGCACGCUUCGAGUAGUCAUCCUCUAAACGUUUUUAUUCUUUUCCGCUGUUAGGUCAGAAAGAAGAAUGCUGGUCAUUUUCUAGCCAUGAAAGAGGUAUAAGUUAAAUUUUUGCGUCAUUUUGUGUGAAAGAAAGUCAUUUUAGUGCCGUAUUUGAUUUCUCUAUUUAUUCUUUGUAGUUGUCUGUCAAUAACCCCGCUCUUGGAAAAACAGCUAAGGACAGAGGAAAGAGCGUGGGAGAGAUUCUUAAUGAGACAACCAUCAUGAAAGAACAGGUACUAUUUUCACAUCUGUUUACAUUACUGAGUAGACCACGAGUAGUCCCCAUUUUUCCUCAGGGAUAGUAGAGCGAACAAAACGCGAGCGCGCGUGAAAAUCACCCCACGCGAGAAAGGCGAUAUGUGAUGAGGAGAGAGAAAAAAAUGAUCUCGUUUUUCUCUCUCGCAGCCUCGUGUCGCCUUUUCUCGCGUGGGGUGAUUUUUAGGCGCGCUUGCGUUUCGUUCGCUCUACUAUCCCUGAGGAAAAAUGGGGGACUACUCGUAGUCUAAUUACUCAGGGGCCUUAAGCUACUACGUCAAUGAGGGGCGCGAAAAAGUCACUUAUUACUUAGGUUUGAUUAGAGUAAUUAAAGAGAAAGUCGUGGUCUCAGCAUGCAAUUAAAAUCAUUUCUACAGAAGCCAGCAUUUACGUCCUCCAUUUGCCUUUACGUCCUCCACAAAACGUGAAAAUAAUCAUUUUCACGCCGUAGUAGAGCAGUGACGGCAAAGAAACGUACAAAAAAGCGUGAUGCACGUGCGUGUUUUGCUAAUCUAAACCAAUUGCUUUUUUGCUGUUCUCGUUGACGUCGCUGUCGUCUUUGCUUAAGCUCUCUAUCGAGACCCCUGCAGUAGAGAAGUCAGGUGUUAACAAAAUCAGUUUGGUUGUUCGUGAGAGACUUAUACAUUGGGUAGCAUUAUGCGUAUUUUGAACAACUUGAUCAGCACUGUACUCUGUAAUUAUAUUGAUGAGAAUCCCAGUUUUGAUGUUUUCUCAUCCCUCAGCUAAGACACCCAAAUGUCGUCAAGUACCACAAGGCCUUUCAAGAAAGUAAGUAGUUUUAUAAUCUUUAAAAUUGACGGCCACACGUCUACUCUCUCCCCUUUUGGGAGAGAGCGGGCUCUGAGAACGUAGAGAUGAGGCGCAAGUUUAAGGCGAACGAAAAUAUCAGCUCUCGUUUUAUUUUCACGUUUGCGCUUUCUCAACUUCGGGUACCCGACUAUCUCGGAGCCUGGUACAGGCAACGACAAGUCAUAAUUUGAGGCGUGAAACGUUACUAAGAAAGUACAUGUUUUCAACAUGUCUGCCUUAGCGAGGUAUGAAUAAUUCGUUAGUGGGCAUUUGCACUCCCCAAAUCAGUGCUUUCGUGUAAGUGAACAACAUUUCAUGGUGGUGUUAUCACUUUUAAACGAAUAAACCUCUUCUUCAUUAUUUUCACAUGGUGCUAUUUCUAGCUUGAGAAAGCAGCCAACAUUUCGCAAUGCCAUCACUGGUUUCACUUUGAAAUGAAGACUGAGAAACGACUGCAGAAAUUCCAUACUGAUGACGUGUCACUCCCCAGAUCUGGGUGGUGCUUCUGAUUGGUUGAAGCAAAUCCUCUGGUGGCACGACCAAUCAGAAGCACUACAGAGAUCUAGGUAAUGAGACAUCAUCAGUAUAGAAUUUCUGCAGUCGUUUCUCAGACGUCAUUUCGCGGGGAAACCAGUGGUGGCAUGUCGCGAAAUGUCGGCUAUUUCAUAACUUAAAUUGUUGCGCAAAAACUUUGGUCAAAUUUUCGGUGCACUGGUCUGUUUUACAGAGGAUAAGCUGUAUAUUAUUAUGGAGUUAGUGGAAGGUGCUCCUCUUGGAGAACAUUUCAAUUCCUUAAAGGAAAAGGGAACACGAUUUUCCGAAGAGAGAAUAUGGCACAUUUUUAUCCAGGUACGUUGUUGGAAAUUUCGUGUUAUUAUAUAUUUUCUCAAUAGUUCACUCUUGUAUUCACAAUUUUGUCAUUUCAUUCCCGUCAUUCGUUUGUUCAAUCUGCAGUUUUUACUAUCGGGGACCCAGUUUUUUUUCUCUUUCCAUUUACCCUUUUCCCUCUAUGUCCUCCUUUUCCUUUGCUGUAUUUAUUGAUCCGUUUCCGUGUUCAUCGCUGGGCCUGCCUGUUUUGGAAUUCUUGUUCUUUAUCAUCUCCUUUUCACCCAUCCCUUCCAUCCAAACUUUCAUUCUAUAUUAUUGUGAACCAAAGAUUUUUGGUUACGCUUGGUAAGUACGAAUUACGUGCACAAUGAUAAAAUUGUCGUCGCUGUUGUCACAUGGAUAUAAGUGCUAAAUUUCUUUUUUUUUUUGGAGCUGUAGGGUUGUGGGAGUGGGUAAGGUUUAACCUAUAUGAGGUCAGUAAGAUUUUGUUCUUGAGGCGUUCGAGCUCCUUUUGAUGGACAGCUUCAGUCAGCUCUCCCUUAAGGGACAACUCCAUAAGACGGACACCUAUAGUUGGUGCCUAGGAUGCCUUUCUUCGCUCCUUUUAGUUGACUCAGUUCUUUAUAAGACGGACACCGUGACAUAGUACUGGCCCAAAAGGUGUCCGGGUCUGAGAGAGAUGAGUGUGCUUGAAUGAAUAUUUCUUGGACACCCAACCCCCCUCCCUCCCCCCAAAGCGGUCGAAACGUCUCGAUUUAUGUGUCAUGUACAUCCAACGUUCGGUUAAAGAUAAUUCAUCUUUUUUAUAUAGGACCCUUUUGUGCUAACAACGUACCUUUCGUUCAUUUCUAUGUCAGAUUGUCCUUGGAUUACGGUACAUUCACAAAGAGAAGUUCAUCGUUCAUAGAGAUCUUACACCAAACAACAUCAUGUUGGGAGAAAAUGAUAAAGUCACUAUAAGUAAGACAAGUGCUUUGGAUUCUGUCCCCUUUGUUGUUGUCGCUGUUUCUGUUCCACUAGAGGAGUAUAAUUGUUUUCGUUCUGUCUUUUGCAGCUGACUUUGGCUUAGCAAAGCAGAAAAACCCAGAGGCAAGCAAAAUGACGUCUAUGGUUGGAACUAUAUUGUAUUCCUGGUAAGAGAGUUGUUUAUAAAAUUUUUGAUUUUCUUAUUGACCGUGGCAGGAUUAGUUGAGUGGGUAGAGCGCCUGACUGCAGAGUGAGCCCACAGGUUUGAUUCCCGGGACCGGAUCAAUACUUAGGGUCGCAAAAAAUAACUGCGACACGAAGGUACUGCCUUUGCCCUGCAAACGAGUAGACCUUCUCGUGGCUCAGAUGACCACGUAAAAUGGCGGUCUCGUCUCCAUUAGGAAAAUAGUGCGUGUCCUCAAUCCAAUAGUACUUUUGUGCUAAAUACAUUGACACUCAAAUAAGGGCCUUUUUUUCCUCUUAACAUCGCCGUUAAGUGUGUAUAUUUCAUCAUUUGUUUCAGUCCUGAAGUUGUCCAAAGCCAGCCUUACGGCGAGAAAGCAGACGUUUGGGCCUCGGGUUGUAUUCUCUAUCAAAUGGCGACUCUCCAGCCACCAUUUUAUUCUUCAAACAUGUUGGCGCUUGCCACAAAGGUACGUCAAGGACUGCACCAUGCAUGAACAUCUCUCCCCUAGUUAGUAAGGACCGCAAGCAAUGACAACGUUGACGUCCCGGACGUCAGAAAUGGCAACCGGAAGUUGAUAUUUUCCCUCUUUCAGUGCUCUGACUCGGCACCUUCGUACAGCGGGAGUUUAAACAAAGGCAUUCAGAUUCACUGUGUGAGACAGAAGCGUUUCAUCAAGCGAGACAUUGCUAUUCAUGACGUCCGGGACAUCAGCGUUCUCGUUACUUAAGCUUGCUGUUAGGGAGCUUAAACAACAACGACGGAGACGGCUAUGAAAACGUCACUCAGAAAGUGAAUUAGCGCUGCUUCAACUUUAUCGCGCUUAUUCCAUCGUUUUAUGGAGAACGUAAACAAGCGACGGCUAAAUUUUCUUUCUCUUUCUAUACUUGAAUAUGGUUCUUUGGAAUUCGACUUAAAAAGAGUUCGCUUUCAUUUGACCUUGUGAGUGAGUUGGAGUAAUUACGAUAGAGAUUGGAAGGACGCAAAUUCACUUUUUAAGAGACGUUUUCGUGGCCGUUGCCGUCUUGGUAUCUUAAACUACCUAUUGUUUCGCUGACGUUAAGUUGUUCCAUAACGAGUAAGGAAGCGUAGUUGGUAGUACAGUCAACUUUCGCCUUACGAACGCCUCGCUAUUACGGACACCCGGCAAAUACGGACAGCUGCUAAAUCCCCGGCGAAAAUAAGAGACAUUUGACUGAACCAAACUUCCGCUAUUGCGAACUCUUGCUAUUACGGACUUACGGACACCUCUGUUGGUCUCGACAGGACAAUUUUAUUGUUCUAAUUCUCGUUAUAACGGACAUCAGUCAGUAUCUUUCGACAUUUUGACAGAAUUAUCUCAGAUAUAGAGAAUAUUACAUGGCCGCGCGGAGAUACGAAUUUCUCUUCGAGUGCUGAAAAACGAGAAGAGAAAUUUCGUAUCUCCAAGCGGCCAUGUAAUGUUCUAUUUAUUUUAUAAACGCCAAUGAAAUACCAACCAUUUCACUUUAAAAGUUUUUUGGUGUGAAAGGCCCGAUCUAUUAUGUAGCCAUAGCAACGGUGAUAUUUUCACAUGUGCCGAUAGCAUGUUAUUUUCACAUGUGAAGAUAUCAAGUUUUCGCGCGAAAGCUCACGUGGUAUUUCAUUGGUGUUUGAAUAAUAAAAUAAUUUAUUUCUCCUCAUCUCCUCUUCGUCUCUGUCACUUUGGUUGAAAAGUGAACAUUCCGAUUCCUGUUUAACAUGAUCCUUCUAUGAAACUACCGUACGUACUUGCCAGAAGCAGUCAUGAUUUUCUGGUACCGUACUUAAUGGUUUUUGUGUACUACAAAUUUUUCAGUGCCUGUUGUGGGGAGAUGCAAGUUCUGUUGUGCUACGAUUUGUUCUGACGCUCUUUAUAUGCGAAACCUGCACUGCAAUUGGUUCUGGAGACAAUGCGCAAUAUAAAUAAAUGUGAUUCCUCUGAUAUCAAGACAUUUUUUCUUAUACCCGGUUAUUACGAAGUUUCGCUAUUACGGACACUAACCCGAGGUCCCGAGGGUGUCCACAAUAACGGGAGUUGACUGUAUUAACAAAAUAAUAUCUAGACAACCGUGACACGGCCUCUCUAGGGAUCUUAAGAUCCGACAACGGCGACGUUCACGGGAACGCCACAAAAGCAAUAGGUUUAAUUAGCAAAACAACAAUUUUGCACGUGCAUCACGCUUUUUUGUACAUUUCUUUGCCGUCGCUGCACGAUUACGACGUGAAAAUGCCUAAUUUCACGAUGUACAGAGGAAGCACACAAGCGACGACGAGAUUUCCUCUCUCUUUCUAAACUUGGAUAUGGUUGUUAGAAAUUCAACUUUGGGAGGGAUCGCCUGCAUUUGACAAAGUCAGUGACUUGGAGUAAUCGCGAUGAAGAUUGAAAGAACGCGAAUUCACUUUUUCAGCGACGUUUUCACUGCCGUCGCCGUCCUCAGAUCUUUUCGGUCCGUUUUAGACAUCCACGACGGCGAAGGCAACGAAAAUGGCAAAAAAGUUAAAGGUUUUAGAUUAGCAAAACAAGGAGACUGUGAACAGUUUAGUAAAAUGAGUUUUUUUUCUGUGGCACAGAUCGUAGAAGCUCAGUAUGAUCCCAUCCCUUCUGGUCUAUACUCCAGCAAGGUGUCGGAGACUGUUACAAGGUAAGAUGUAUGGACGUGUGAUUCAUGGUCCACGAAAGUCCUCUUGUUUUGUUUGAACCGAUUGGUUUUGUUUGCUGUUCUGGGUAUGAUCUUGACUGACUUUCUUUCAUUUAGAUGUCUAAAUCCGAAUCCAGAAGAAAGACCAGAUAUUGUUGAGGUAAGAUGCUGUGCAGAGUCUUUGCAGUGUCAAACAUUGCACUUAAGAGGAUCAAAAUAGUCUUUUUCAUUCUGGAAUGAGGCAAAUAUGUCUGAGACCUAUUCGUUAGCUCUCUUUACAGUGGCAAGACGUUUUAAUGUUUAAAACAGCAAAUAUAUAAUUGAACUGACAUAUGUGAAAUGAAUCAUACCGGUAUUUUAAACUGCAGAUAAAGAUACGAAAGUGAACAUGAUCCUCGCAGUUAAAUGAACAACCUAGGUGGUUGAAAAACAACUUUAAAAAAAUUAAGCCUGAAAUUUUGCAGGUUCUUUUUGUUAAACAAUAUUUUUUAACUUACGGAAAAAAGUUAUCCGUUAUCCAUACAGACCAAAAUAUUAAUCUUGUUUUGAGAACCUGGCCGGAAUUUUUUCAGCCAAUCACAAUGGCCAGUACACGUAGAAGCAAAAUAAUUGAAAACGACCAGUUCAAAACCGAUUUAUUAAUUAAUUUAUGUAUUUAUUUACUUUUCAUCAGGUUGCUGCUAACAUCAGUGAGAUCAUGCUGGUUUAUGUGGACAAGCUGCGAUCAAAUGAGAUCAGUUUGGAAAAGAAAUUGGAGAGAGAAAGGAAAAGAACUCAAAGGUUGGCAUUAGUUCAUUCAUAGAAUUGUUAUUGGUUUAUUAUUUUAACUCCUGUAAGUGAUGGUUUACAGUUGACAUUGUGCGAAUGCAGUGUUUAUCGAUAUACUGUAAAAUACUUUAUUAAAUCCGAUUGGCUGAGAGCAAUAACACAGUGCAAAAACGAGGAAAUAUACCGUAAUGCAAAUAUCUCUGAGAAUGGAGCACUGUGACUGGCCAAUAAACAAUUGAAAUUAAGAACCAAUCAGGUGCCGCAACUCACGCGAAAUUUUGACAUGGUAUCAGCGGGCAGUUUCUAGUGUCUCGUGGGUGGCCGUUAUAAACAGGUUCCACAAGUUUAAUUUUGACUGGUAAAUGUUUCAUUUUAUUAUUGAGGGGUAAUCAUGCGACUUUUGUUGUUCAAUUGGAAUGUAGUUGCGCUUGUGUGUUUUUCAACAGGCCUAAAUUGCACGAGCCCAAAAUUUUGAUAGGUUUUGAAAAACACACUCGAGUAAAUUAAUCCCAAAUUGAACUUGAAGUAGUAUGAUUACCUAUAUACUUAUUGGACACUCCCUAGACCAGCUAAAGGUGUUGCAGGUAAUCAUGGGAAUUCGCUUUGGUGGACCAAAGAUAGGCGGAGAUGGGUCUAGUCGAAUGAUGGUGUUCUCUAUCAACCAAAAAAGAAAAAAGGUUUCGGUCGCGGAAUGUUAAUCGAUAAAUGUUCUUUCGGUUGCCGCCUUGUAACGCUAUACAUAAACUCUAGCAAUGAGAAAAUAAUGUUACCACGUGAGUUCACCUUUUUGGUUUGACAAACAAAGCCAUGUGACCUAAGUUGUAAACGUCUGGCGCCAAAAUCAUCUGUGACGCGUACCUUUGAAUUCGCGGUCUACCUGUUUUGGUGGUACUCUCACUAAACAACAGUUCGUUCUGUAAUAGCUGACCGUUUCAGUAACAAGGCUAUGAUCAAAUUUUGAGUUAUAGCACUCACCCUCUUUUUUCAUUUCAGACAUUAUAUCGAGGCGACUCGCAACAUGCAAAACUAUCACCGUCUUUUCUAUGCUUCACAAGAACGCUACGACAAACUGGUAAACUUGUCAAGUAGUGGAGGUGCCGCUGGCUUUAGGACCGUGGAUGCCACAGAAGGCAGUGAUACUGUGUUUGAAGCUGCAAACGCUUUAGCUGAACUGAACUUAAACAAAAACGGCGUUUACAAGAAUGGAGAGACGGAACAUACGCCUCAGGUGGAUUCUGGGAUUGACGUUGGGGACAUCCAUGCAAAUGGUAACCUGGGUUCUAGUGCCGUAAACGGGGAACAAAAUGGCGGCACAAAACCAGGUGGUAGCUCGUCGCCAGGCUCUACGAGGCGACAGAGAACGUUAAAGCCUGUUGUUGAUAAGUCUAGUAAAGGAACAGGGGAAAAAUUUACCAGUAACACUAAGGAAAGAGAUAAGACUUUGCAGAGCGUUAAAGGCGCAGAUAAAGCGUCAAAUGGUAGAACUAUUGUCGAUAAAACGAGCGUGAACUCUUCCACGUCUAAUUCGCACGUUUUCACCGUACCCAAGCCUCCGGGUCCGCGAAAAGGCCCACGAAGGCAGCUCCACGUUGAAUUUGCUAGCAGCAGUAAGGCGGGCACAUCGAAUGGUACGAGCACCCAUGGCGUGACACAUGGCGUGACACCAUCCGCGACUUCAGCGAGUGGUUUAAGUGAUAUUUCAUCCAGAAGGACACAAAGCAGGUUUGUCUGCAGUCUUCUUGCUAUCGGCAAGGUUAGGUUAAAAGGUUAAAGGUUUGUUCAUAUUCGAAAGUGCACUUAGCUUAUCCAGUAGUUUACAGACACUUAACUCAAAGAAUUAGCAACAAGUAAUCCAAACAGGGCAUAACAGGGUUAAAAACCCCAACUGGCAGGAGGUAACCAGUCGGCUUUUUACAGGCAUGGCCGGGGAUUUGAACCCGGGACGACCCGCGGACAAGUCUAGCAAGUGGUCAGAGCGGAAAUCAUACCCAGGACCGCCGGAUUGUGAGUCCAACGCGCUGACCGCUCGGUCACGCUGCCUCCGUGUAAAUUUUGUACAUCAAAAUUUGGUGACAAAAGACAAAGUGUUAUAAUAGCUCUGCUAUAAGACAUACGAAAGCUCGUGAAUAAGAAAUUUUCCAAAUUCUCGGAGUUCGUUUAUAAGCGGUCUUAUUGUAUUCUAGAAACCUUUCCUCGAACAACUGCAAUCGUUAAUUUAAUGGAUGUCUUUAAAUGUCAUGCUUUUUAUGGCUUAUUUUUAGUUCCUCCGUGGAGAUGCAAAGACGUCAAGCUGGCGGCCAACUUAAAGCAAGACCACGUACGUUUAGUUUCUCUUCUAAACAAUUUAAAACGUUGUUAGCUAGGUUUAGGGAUUAGCCAGACGAAAACAAGCGGUGAAGUGUCAUGCUUUUACCACCACACUCAUGCUAUAAUCUUUUCUUCUCCACCCCCACCCCACCCACAGCAGUACUUGUGUAUAGGUCGAGGAUCAGAAGAUAGUAUAAAGAGAACUUAAGUGCACACCAGGAUUAUAGUAAAUCAAAGAUAAUACUCCUUGUUUGCUACCAGUAGGUCACUUGACAAUUAAGAAUGCCUUUGAACUAACAGCGACAGACGCAUGCCAAUUGAGCAUCCUGUGUCGGAACACGACAGACAAACGUUUUCUUCGUGUGUUUGUGUCAUCUCGCUUUAUACAUGCUCUCUACGGCGCUUGCGUCGCUCGUAUGAACCAAUCCUUAGUAGAGCAAGCGAAACAUGCGAGGGCCACGCGACGAUAUUACGCGAGCCCGAGUGUUAAACUCAUCCCACUGGGAUCACAGCAGUAGUCUAGUUGAUCUAGUGGUUAUGGUCUUUUAGAAUUUUAAUAGGUGCAAAGGUUUCUUAAUUCUCUUGAGCAAUGUUAUGGCUGAUUUUCUUUUCAGCCACUGCCGCCGCCACUCUGAGUAUAUCUCCCCGUAAAGUUCGUCAAAUAAAUGAUCCCAUCUCACAGAUCCUCAAUCAACUUCAUAAAAUCAUCUUCAUAACGCAGGUAUGUUCACUUCAUUUAUUGAACGAGCUGAGAACAGUUAACCGCAAAACAAAAAUAAAAAGCGAUUCAGCAAUAAUAUGUCCGGAAAAAAUCUGAUAUAAACCGUUUUACUGGUCAUCGGAUAGUAUUAAGUUUAAGACUGGAAAUACCUCUUCUGUAAUUUUUCUUCCGCUUUUGCAAAGGAAAAGCAUCCCAGAAAUAUUCUGCUUAGUUACUACUUAGUAGAUUUUAAUGAAGUUUAUACUCUUAGAAAGUUGUCCACAUUAAAACGAUUUCUAACGAAACUAUGUUUAAAAUUAAUAAACCAAUUAAUCAAUCAAUCAAUUAAUUAAUUGAUUAAAAUAACGAUACAAAUCUUUGCAUUAUAGUGUAACAGCGCUUCGCUGCCCUAGUUACCCUCUUGGACAAAAUAGGCGGAUAUUAUGUCCCCUUUUCUCCACCCGUUAAUCAGGGAUGGGAAAGUGGCGCGUCUUGGCCUUCGCGCGGCUUGAUCCUUGUUUUUUGGGAGAAGGGGGUUUGCUUUUCCAUUUCAUUCUGUCCAAGAUUGUAGUUUACAGGCACUUCACGCAAUUUACGCAAGCAAGCAAGGUAAAUCGUGAAUAACAGAAAGACAACUAAACGUAACAGGGUUAAAAACCGCAACUGGCGGGAAGCAACCCUUCGGCUAUUAUAAGCAUGACCGAGGGGUUGGACUCGGGCUUCCGAGGAAAGAUUCAAACCCGGACAUUGCCGUAUUGUCAUUACGUCCUGUGUUUUUUACUUUAAACGUAUCGAAUUGUUGUUAUUUUUGUCUCUUACAGUUACCUCCGACGCUAUCACCGAAUCCUCAGAGAAGAAUCGUCGAACAGUUCAAAAGAGCGUUAUUUUCACCUCAAAACAGCUAUUUUGUCAAUCUCAAAAGCGAAGUAAAAAAGGUAAGCCUUUUUUUCCCCAGCAAAUGCUUUGCAACGUUAGGGCUACAAAAAGGUUAUUCACUAAUAACUGAUUGAAUGGCAACUACUUACUUGUAUUUUUCUAUUUGUGCUUUUCAAGAUCAAGUGGUGACGAACUUCUGAUUUCAUAAUAUCACUGCUUAAUCGAACUCAAACAUCGCAAAAAAAAAAAAACGAAGAUGAUAACCCAAAUAAAUGACGUGAUUUUUGAAACAAAUGUCCUUAUUUCUCUUGGUAAUAAUGUAUAGCAGUUUGAAGGUUAAGUUGCUCGAGUUUAUGAUUUGAUAAAAAAAAGUGCGCGGAAUUAAUUAGAGACGUGUAUUACAGGUGAUCGAGGGCUCACGAGAAGUAAUCGAUCUCAAGUUUGGUUUUGGUGAUCCUUUGUUCCUGCAUCAUCUAGAGGACACAGCUGACAAACUAGGUAAGACAAGGGAGGGGUGGGAGGGAGGGAACUUUUUUCCUAGCCCGCGAGCAAGCUGUCCAUUUUGGGGGCUAGCCAAGCGAAGUGCGUGCGAGACUUCUCGCGAGAUCUCCCAAUGGAAAGCUAACUCGCAGACUAAGUUUUUCCCAAUUUCUUCAAGGUAAUUGUUGAAUCCAUCAUUGUAUUUGAAAUUGAUAAACCAACAUCUCAUCCCUCUUCCUGACUUGAGAUUGCUUAUUGUGGUGUCACUAAACCUGAGUUGUCAACAUGGUUUGUUUGAACCUGAAAUUGUAAUAAUCAGCAAAGUGUUUCGAAGAAGUGAAUAUUUGCAUUCAACUUAUGUCUACCUCAAAGAUUGUAAUACUCAGCAAUGUGUGCACACUUAAGUUGUUGUACUCAACAUCUUGUGUUUAAACCUGAAUUGUGAUAGUCAGCAACAUGUUUCUGCACCUGAAAUGGUAAUACUCACGAACUUGUAUCAACCCCUGAAAUAUCACAGGGAGCAAAUCAAAAGUAGUAAGACAAAGUAUUCACUUGAAAGCGAAUGGAAGAACGCUGAAAUUUUGUGCAAUCAUGUUUCACAAUGUCGUAACCUUUUGCUGUUUCGCUUAAACAGUGAAUGGGGUAAAUCUUGAAACUGCGGACGCACAGGAAAUCGGAAUAACGUACGAAAUGAUGCAGGUAAGGAAGUGCAUGAGAUAUUAGGGAGCUUAAGCAGCAACGUUUUUGAGCGACGCACGUCAACCGGAAUUUUUUGACGGUGUUUUCGCGCAAAUUUUCAGUCAAAUCGCCUCUUAACAUGCCUUGAUGAUAUAAAAUUUGUACUUCCGGUUGACGUGCGUCGCUUCUUUACUGUUAUAGAGGCGAUUUGACUGAAUGUUUUGCGUCAACCGAAACCACCGUGAAAAAAUGAAAAAGGCCACUAGAGGCGAUUUGGUUGACGUGCGUCGCUGAAAAAAACGUUGUUGACGUGCGUUAAAAACCCUAUUCACAGAUCGUAACUGUAAUGUCUAUCAGCAUAUCUGGGGCUGCAUCCAAGAGUACUUUUAGAUCUCUCUUUUACAAGGGCUUCAGUAUUAUUUUCCCGAAAAUUUCAGAUGCAAUAUAACGUAUUACGAAAGUGAGAAUUUUGCUGAUUCCUUUCUCCAUCCGAAAAUUUUAAGUGUCCAUUUUUGUACAAAACUCUGCUCAGCCCGCGCGGUGAAAUGUGAAAAAUUAAACUUCAGAAAAUCGUAGGGAAUUUAUUAGGUAAGCAUGGAAAAUUCAGUGGAACGGUCGUCUAGAAAUUUUUCGCCGUUCCCAAGUUAUAGAAAACUCUAGGCAAUAACUCAAAAAUACUUGGUCAGCACUAAUAUUCAACUCGCUAUAACGUGACCACGUCCCUAAGAUGGACACUUGAGUGUCCCAGUGGCUUCCUUUCACGUAGCUUCAGAUCCUUUGAAGUUUUGUUUUCAGAAAACUGAUAUUGACCGAUGAUCAACCUUGCUUCUAAUUUUGCAGAAUAUAAUUGAAAAUGUUCUUAUGGAAAGUGGUUAUUAUGAUAUGUCACCAUGUGCCAGGUGAGAGCAAGCAUAUUCUAUCUUACUUCUACUACUGUUAUAGACAGUUGGUAGAAUUUUCGUCAGUUUUGUAAGUGCUUACCGCCGACACCGGUUAUUUUUAACGUACUUUUUCUUUACAUGGAUCAUUACGUUCUUCAGUGAAAGCUAACUGUUUUUUUUUUUUUUUAACAGAGCUUUGCACUAAUCACCCUUCUUCGUUGCUAAACCCUAUCCUCAACUCGUUUUCUUGCUCAAUUGGCUCGCUCUGAUUUUCGCACUUUCUUUAUAAAUUUGCCGAAUAAAUGGUUCUUUGCCAGAAGUAUUUCGUUGAGUAAUAAUCACGAGGUGUCCAGACUGAUUUAGGUGUAUCCAUUCUAGUCACUAUCGUUCUUCCAUUAGAUAACCCCCCUAGGCUCAAUACUUCGCCGAUUUCAUCCGCCAUUGAUAUGAUGGAAAGCCAUUCUGCUCCAAUGAGUUUAUAUCUAAGCACUCUGUGACCGAGGCCUUACAUGGGAGGAUGACGCUACCAUAUGUCCUGCCUAGUACCGGCUUUGUUAGUGGUAGGGAUUGGUCUGCCAUAAGUGGCACACAGUGGCUGCAGGUUUAUCUAAGCGCGCAUGCGCAGUAGUUAGAAAUUUCUCAUUUUUCACCUUAUACCAUAAGUGUGGUAGGCUGAAUUUCAUCAGUCUUAGACGGCUGAAAUUCUGGCAACAAAGUUUGCACCUGGUUGAUUUUUUAAAUUCAUUUCUUUCAGGAACCGGACUGUUCCUCUGGGUCCUAUCGGUACGGUGCCGGCAUCUGGUGUAAAUUUAGGUCCCUCCAAGAGGGGUACUACGUCGUAGUCGAUUCGUUUUAAGCAACUAAAAUGGCCCCCCAAAAUUAAACAUUUCUUCCCCGAUUUCUGCAUUUCAAGAACUGCACACAUCGCUGUUGUUUUUGCUUUGUUGCUGUUGUUUGUUUUUAGUCCAAACAACGGCUAAAAAGAGUGGAAAAUUUUGUUUGUUAACAAAGACACCAACUGGAUGUGUCGGUUGAUAAAAUAGUCUUGUGUACGUAAUUGGUCACCCAAAAAAUUGUGUGAAUGCGAGAAAGGUUUUUGUAACAGGAUUUUAAUAUGUUGAUGCCAUUUUAGCUGGAAAACGGAUUGUAUUAGUAAAAUUUUGUACAUAAAAGGAAAACUAAGUUAUUUUUAUAGAAGAGGUGUAUUUAAAAGUAAUAGUUGAAAUGUACCUUUUUAGCUUGUAUAUUUUGUUCUCCCAUUUUAGUUCACGUGAUAAAAGCCUAGUGAACUGUUUCUUUCAAAUAGCGUCAUUAUAAUGCACGUGCACCCACGUGCAUAGGUGUGCAUAAUUUAUUUAAAAGGCGAAUUCCCUGGAGAACAUCAAGGGGUCUGAACUGGGAAAGCAAAUCGUACAAGCUAAAAAGGUCUAUUGGAAACGAUGAGGGAAUCAAAAAUCGGCACGAUUGCCCGCAGUAAAACACGCAGCAAAAACCUUCAACUUGUUUUGCAACAGUGCUGCAAAACGAGUUGAUUUAUGAUGUUGCGGGUUUUACCACCAACCAAUCAAACGUGUCUUGCAACAAUGUUGGGUGAAUACUGACUUCUGAUUGGAUAAGAUUACUCGAGAGUCACAAAAUACACGCGAGUUACGUCAGUUGGGCCGGUAAGACCCUGAACAUGAACAGCUUUUGUUUUCAAAAGUACAACUAUUCUCUACUUUCGGCGACAACUUUUCGCGAGACAGAUUUGAUUCGUGGAUGGUAAAACGCGCAACAUUGCUACUCUACCUGUCUUGCAGCAAUUUUGCAAAACUAGUUUCACGAUAGGCCAUUUCCGAGUUCAAGGCUAAGAGCAAAAACCAUUCUUGUGAAAAUUACAAUCAUUAUUUUCACAUCAAUGGCUUUGCACUCAGCCUCGCAUUGAAACAGAGACUUGGGACGUCUCUGAAAUGGCCUUUUUCGCCCGUUUUACCGUACCUUUAAUGUUAUCGGUACAUUGUAGAAAGUAUUAUUUAUUCCCUCAAUCUAGGCAUCGUUCUUAUACGCGUCACUUUGCAAAAGAUGGCAUUUGCAGUUUAAAUGUGGUUGUGAAUGUGUGCAUAUGAAAAUAGUCGUGGAGCACAUUUAAAUUCAGUCUUUAAAGGUCAUUGCGGUGUUGCUACUGGCGAAGACUCACUGGCGAGUCUUCGAAUUUUCCCGCGCUUUACACGGAUGACGUGUUUUUUCUUCGGCUCUGAUUUGUUCAGCGAAUCCCAUGCGCCUGCUGUGAUUGACUGGAGCUGAUAGCGGUCUAGUUUUGGUCGUAUGAACUCACUUGAAGCCCGUACUUAAUUAAAGCCCGUUUGCACAGUGAUUUCUCGUCCGUAAUAACAGAUUGAAUUGUAAGUGUGCAUGAAUCUAUUUUGCAACAAUUGAGUGUUAGAAUAUUCAAAUGGUAUGAAUUUGAGAGAUUUUUAUCUUAGUUAAAUCGAGAGAAUUGAAUAAGAAAUAACGCGAGUGGACCAACUGAAUAAAUCUGGUGUGAUUUUAUAGUAACGACGAAGUCAAUAUUUUAUUUUGUU